AUGGGCGCAGGCGUGGAGCUGCCGCCAUCCUCCUUCCUGCUCCAAAGGCCCGGGCCGGCGCUUUCGCUCACCCACGUCGCCUAUUUGCUGGCGGUCACCCGCAGUGUGAGGCGGCCCUGGUCCUGCCUUCGAACCACCCUGGAUCCUCCCACAGCUUCUCCAGCCUCUGGGCCAGCUCUGUGUCCCGAGAGAUGCCCGCUUCCUGAAGACCCGAGGCGGCCAGAGACGGACACCAUUUCCAGACCUUUCUCUGGGUUGUCACCUCUCUGCUUUUCUCCAUCUUGUUUCCAACCGCCUGCCCCGAGGCCUUCAAGUUCCAGCGUCAGAUGUGAAGAGACAGCCCUCUCGAGAGUGAGUAACCAGCCGGGCUGGGUUCGGCCUGUCGUCCCGCGUCCCUAG